AUGGCGUUUUUCAUCACCACCGCAUCAGCCGCCACCUUCCUCCUCCUCCUCCACCUCUGUGUCGGCUAUCCGAAAGGUUCUCCAGGUUGGCCACCAAUGUCGAAAUGCAACUUAAUUUACGAUCAUGAACUCAUGGCUUUUCCCUUGAAUCUGGAGUACUUGGAGGCCGAAUUUUUCUUAUGUGGUGCGUUCGGCUAUGGCCUUGACCACGAAGCUCGCCAGAUCGCCAUGAACGGCGCACGGCCUAUCGGCUGCACUAAGGCCAACCUCGGCCAGUAUGUUCUCGACAAUAUCAAACAAAUGGCUUAUCAGGAAGUCAAACAUCUCAGGGCGAUACAAGGAACACUACAGAAUAAAUACCGGCAAACCUGGAUUCCCAAGACCACAACUCGAUCUUGUAGCAGCGUAUUUGCAAAUAUUAUGGACAAUGCGUUCGGGGAGACACUUGAGCCCCCAUUCAACCCUUACCAGAACGACAUAAACUAUCUUAUCGCGUCGUAUGCCAUCCCAUACGUCGGACUAACCGGAUACGUUGGGGCAUUUCCUUGCUUGUAG